GUGGCCCCGGAAGUUGACGUAACAUUUGUUUUGGGAACACUAAGCAGAAGCAGUCCGGAGAAAUGGAGCAAAACGACGAGGAUUAUAAGCUGAUAUUUGAGAAGGAAGGCGUGUACCUCCACACAAACGCCAAGAGGAACAACCAGGACACCAGCAUCCCGGGGUUCAUCCGGAUAGUGGAGCGGGCGGGGAUCCCGGCGUUGGAGUGGAGCCCGCUGGAGGAUGAAGGCCGCAGCGCGCCAGCUGUGCUCUACACCCGAAAGGAGGGCGAAGGAGGGGAGGAGGACACGAACUUCGACCCCGGCUACGAGCCGGACUGGGCGGUUAUCAGCACGGUGAAGAAAGACCGGGAGCACGUCCCGGUCAAAGAGUCAGGUCAGUGGGCGUUCUCUCUGCCGCUGUCCGAGCUCUACUCCCUCCGCCGGGCCCGGUUCUCGCUGGGCCGGAACUUCCUGGUGCUGACGAGUCGAGGCGGCCACCCGCUGCCCCCCCUGCACUUCCACCGGGGCGGGACCCGCGAGCUGCUGCGCGCCAUGCACCGCUACAUCGUCCUGGACCCGUCGCCGGUGGACGGCCGGCUCUUCCUCGCCUACCCUCACGACUCCGGCUCGCUGUCGCAGUCCUUCGAUAAGCUGCACCUGCUGGACGACGGACACUCCGACCUGGUCACCAGGUUCAUCCACGACCCGUACGCCACCACGUUCGGAGGAUUCUCCAAAGUCACCAACUUCUUCCGGGCGGCCCUGCGGCCCCCGGACUCCCCGGCCCACCCCCGCUCCGCUCACGACCCCAGCCUGCCGUGCCAGCUCGACGAGGAGCCGGGAUUCGAACUCAUCACCUGCGGCGUGGAGCUCGGCCCCAGACCGCACGUCACCCGCGGCCCGCCUCUGGACCGGUGGGAGGAGUUCCUGGACCCUGAAGGUCGGGUGAAGGACCCGGACCGGAUCAAGGAGCUGGUCUUCAGAGGGGGCAUCACGCCGCCGCUACGGAAGGAGAUCUGGAAGUUCCUCCUCGGGUUUUAUCCGUGGAACAGCACCACAAAGGAAAGGGAAGAUCUGCUCCGGGUCAAAACGGACGAGUACUUCAGGAUGAAGGUGCAGUGGAAGUCAGUGAGCGAGGAGCAGGAGAUGAGGAACUCGCUGCUCAGAGGAUACCGGAACCUGAUCGAGAGAGACGUCAGCAGGACGGACCGGCACAACACCUUCUUCUCCGGGAACGACAACCCGGGCCUCACGCUGCUGCACGACGUGCUGAUGACCUACUGCAUGUACAACUUCGACCUGGGUUACGUCCAGGGCAUGAGCGACCUCCUGUCCCCCAUCCUGUUCGUCACCCAGAACGAGGUGGAGUCCUUCUGGUGCCUGACGGGCUUCAUGGAGCUGGUGCACCAGAACUUCGAGGAGUCGCAGGAGGCCAUGAAGCAGCAGCUGCUGCAGCUCAGCAUCCUGCUGAAGGCGCUGGACCCGGAGCUGUGCGACUUCCUGGACUCUCAGGACAGCGGCUCGCUGUGCUUCUGCUUCCGCUGGCUGCUCAUCUGGUUCAAGAGGGAGUUUUCCUUCGAGGACAUCCUCGUCAUGUGGGAGGCCCUCUGGACUCGUCUCCCCUGUGAGAACUUCCACCUGCUGAUCGCCUGCUCCAUCCUGCAGUCGCAGCGCGGCGAGCUGAUCGGCUCCGAUCAUGACUUCAACACCAUCCUCAAGCACAUCAACGAGCUGACGAUGAAGCUGGACCUGCAGAGCAUCCUGCGCGGCGCCGAGGCCAUCUACCUGCAGCUGGCGCAGUGCCAGGAGCUCCCGGUGAAGGUGCAGCAGGUCCUGGGUCUCCACACGCCGUCCAGCUCGGAGGACAGCAGCCCGGACCUCCAGGCCGGCGACACGCAGCGCGUCCUCGACCAAUCCCCGGCCGGCGCGGCGGCGGCGGCUCCCCGGGCGUACGCCCCCACCUACCCCUGAGUCUGCAGCCCGCCGCCGCCGAGAGGGAACGAAGACUGUAGUUACUGCCCUCCGGCAGCAGGGGGCGCCGCCGAGGCUCCUUUCUUCUGAAUGUUACAGCCCCUCCUGAUUUAACACUAUGACAGCGUCUCCCGCUCGCCCCCCCCCCCCCUCCGGUCGUCCUCUCCACGCCGAGACCUCAGCAUUUAUACUCCAGUAAAGGGAAAGAAAAGAUGAAGGAUCGAGUCACUGCCGCACCUUGACCGUCGUGUGGUUCCUCUCCCACCCGAUGCGGACCUUUCUUUGCAUGCCUUAUCGUAGUUUAUCAUGUUUGAAUCCUGUCAGUAAUUCUCUGUUCCAUGUUUCACCCGCUGCUGAUUAUCGUCAAAUAAAUGGUUGAAUCUCAGCGAUUCUGCUGUUUGUUCCCGAAAAUCAA